AUGCUUCCCUUAGGAGAGACAGUCGCUGUCAUUGACAAGUCCGGGAAGGUGGUUAGCUCGAGCAAGCACCUUUUCGGUGUCUUCAAAGAAGCCAGAUCCGCCUAUCGAUCUCGAAAAGCAGAGAUCCACGCUGAUCAGCGUGCCCGACAGGCUGAGCGGGAGGCUCGACGAGCCAUAGCUAAUUUCGAGUUCCAAGACGGCCGGUCGACAACUUCGUCGAGGCGCCAUAGAUCAAAAUCCGUGGUUCGACACGGCGAUUGCUCCAGCCGCUACCAUGGAGAGCCCCGUAGGCCUUACGAGGAUCUACAUUCAGUUGCAUCCUCGCGUCGAUACGGACAGACAGAGCUAGCGCGCCGUCACACAUCGGGAGAAAUUGGUUUUGCCCAGCCACCACCACACCUACAGCCGACAAAUCGCUCACAUUCCGAACCGCACAUCGAUAUGGAUCUUGCAUAUGGCGAAUUCCACCCGUCAUCCCUCGAGCGCCUUCAGCCUCAAGAGCCGGAUCCCGAGCUAGAUGGUCUAGUGGGCAAAGUAAAAAGCCUACUGAUCGAGGCAGACUGUGCUCACCAUUCGGCGUCGGCUACAAUCGCACACUUACAAAAGAACCCGGACGCUAUGGCCGCCGUUGCUCUUACGCUCGCAGAAAUCAGCAAUCUCGUAAAAAAGAUGGCCCCAACGGCGCUAGUUGCCCUCCGGAACAGUGCUCCAGCCGUCUUUGCACUUUUAUCCAGCCCGCAGUUCAUGAUCGCCGCUGGUGUCGGGAUCGGAGUAACCGUGGUGAUGUUUGGCGGCUACAAGAUCAUCAAACAGAUCACAGCCGCCAAGGAGGCCAGUGCUCCCGAAGAGCCGCAAGCCCACAUGGAUGAGAUGAUGGAAAUCGAUGCUUCCCUCAGCCGUAUUGAAAUGUGGAGACGUGGAGUGGCCGAGUCCGAGGCCGAAAGCUGCGGCACUUCGGUCGAUGGGGAGUUCAUUACGCCCACUGCAGCUGCUAUGUCGGGUAUAUAUCUCCCACAGCGAGUUAAUGACUUGCGAGAGCCCGACGAUGCAUCGAGCUUUUCUCGACACUCCAAGACGUCUAGGAGCUCUAGACGAUCAAAGUCUUCGAAAAGCGGGGAGAAGGAUAAAAAAAAAAAAGAGAAGAAAAAGGCCUCGACUCAACUGAAGCUCCUGUUUAAGAAGUUAUGAUUGUUUUGUCUUCACCGUCACGAUAUAAUAACUAUACCCCAUGUUGUUCUACGCUGCAGGCGUUUGGCGGCACUCUUUUUGAAUAUUUUCUAUUUUCUACUUUUUCUUUUUUUCUUUUCUUUUUUCUUUUUUCUUUUGAAUCUUCUCUUCAUUUACGCUCUUUGAGAUUUCCGCAUAUAUUUUUCCUGCUUGACGUUGUGAUGACCUUUCUUAAUAUUUUCCCUAGAGCUCUUUUGAUAUACAACAUGCUGUACCCACGGCCUCUGUCCAGAUUCAUGUACAAUCCAAUCUUUAUUUUUUUUUUCUCUA